AUGGGAGACUCUUUCAUUAUAGCUGUAGACCUUGGUACUUCAUUCAGUGGAUAUGCAUUCAGCAUAACAUCCAGGCAGCAAGAAAUUGACCCCCAAGUGAAGUAUUGGGGUAAGAAAUAUGGAAAAGAGACACCGAAGACUCCCUCCUGCAUUCUUUUUAACGGACAAAAACAGUUUAACAGCUUUGGAUAUGAAGCUAAAGAAACAUAUCUGUCGAAACUGGGAGCAGAAGCCAAAGAUUAUUUAUUCUUUGAAAGUUUCAAGAUGUCACUCUAUGGAAAGAAACUUAGCCUGGAUCUGAAGAUUAAAGCUGCAAACGGGAAAGAAAUGAAAGCGGUGGAGGUUUUUACAGAAGCUCUAAAAUUUCUGAAGGAUGACGCUUUGACAACGAUUGCACAAAACACACAAGGAAGAAAAUUCGCAGCUGCCGACUUCACCUGGGUGCUGACAGUUCCUGCCAUCUGGGAUCAUUCAGCUAAACAGUUCAUGAGAGAAGCUGCAACUCGGGCCGGUAUUGUUACCAGAGGAAAUGAAGAUAAACUGGUCAUUGCACUGGAACCAGAAGCAGCUUCAGUUUAUUGUAAGAAACUUCCAUCAGAGGGUUUUAUAACCGAAAACCUUGGUAAAAAAAAACUUGACCAGUCACCAGGAACUCAAUACAUCGUUGUUGAUUGUGGAGGUGGAACCAUUGACAUUACUGUUCAUGAAGUCCUGCCUGGAGGCACCUUGAAGGAGCUACACAGGGCCUCUGGGAAUGACCUUGGAGGACAAACUGUGGACAGAAAAUUCAAACAGUUCCUCAGCAAAAUAUUCUGUGAUGGAGUCUGGGAUGAGUAUGAAAAGAAAUAUCCCAGUGAGCUUCAGAAGUUAAUGUAUGACUUCACACUAUUCAAAAAAACUGAUGAUGACGUUGAAAUCGCCUGCCCAUUUAAACUGGGAAAACUGGCAGAGAAAAAAAAGAAAAAGGUUGAUAAGUUCUUCAGAAAAGUGGAUGGGGCAUCCUGGGAUGACGGAGCAAUCAAAAUCUCUCGAGAGACAAUGAAAUCAUUCUAUGAAGAGAGUCUGCAAGGUAUUAGCCAGAGUCUUGAUGAAAUAUUUGAUAAAGCAUUCAAAAUUAAGUACAUCUUGUUAGUGGGAGGGUUCGCUGACAGUGAAAUUCUACGUAACCAUGUUGCUGAGGAGUUUCAUGACUAUAAAGUUUUGUGCCCAUUCAGGCCACAAGAAGCUAUUUUGAGGGGAGCUAUAGAAUUUGGAAGAAACCAGGGAGUGGUGGAAUCUAGAAAAGGUGCAUUCACUUAUGGAGUUGGUGUCUCUCAGAAAUUUGAUAAGUUCAGGCACAAGGCAGAGAAGAAAUUCACUAACAAGGAUGGCGAAUGGUGCAAAGACCUAUUCAAGAAAUUGGUGGAGUAUGAUGAGGAUAUUUCCUGGAAUGAAACUAGAAAGCACACCUUGCAUCCUGUGCAAGCAGAUCAGACAGAAAUCACCUUUUCGUUUUAUCGCACAGUAAGAAAAAACGUAACAUACAUUGAUGAACCACACAUGGAGGAAGUGGGCUCAUUCACUGUUCAGUCUCCUAACACUGCACUUGGAUUGGAUCGUGAGAUUAGACUCGAAAUAAAGUUUGGCUUCACAGAAAUGACAGCAAAAGCCACUGAUAGAGAGUCAGGCUCAACAGAAAUGAUCAAAAUAAACUUCAUGAGGAAAUAAUAUAAAUGCUACAGACACAUCCUAUUAAAGUAGUUUAACAUGAUACACUUUAAUAGGUGAAUGUUACUGUAUUUUUCUGAUCUUUGGAUGCCAUAAUAUAGAUAGCUAUU